GGGACGGCAGCAUGGCGGAAGACGAAAGUGAUCAGGAGUCUGAGAGGCUUGGGGAAGAACUGGAAGCCAUCAUAGAGGACGAAUUGCAAGGGAUUGCGUCUUGCGAGCUGAGGAGCCGGGAAUACUGCCGCCGGUUUUGUGAGGUUGUGGAGGAAUACACGGCCCAGUGGCAGGUGCCGUUACCCCAACUCCAAGUGCUCCAGACCGCCCUGUGCUGCUUCACGUCGGCCAGCGUCUCGUUUCCCGCUCGAUGUGAGCACGUACAGUAUGUUUUGAGUAGACUAGCUUUGAGUCUUUUUGAGUUGCUGCUGUUCUUUGGAAAGGAUGAAUUUUAUGAAGCCCCUUUAAAAGACAUCUUGGCUUCUGUCCAGGAGUGCCACGAUCUUCUGGUCAGAUAUGACAGCACAGACUUAACACUAGUUACUGGUGUAAUUAAAGAUGGAGGUCCUUGGGAAGACCCCGUAUUGCAAGCUGUACUCAAAGGGAAAACUGAACCUACAGAUAUCGUGGACAGAUAUUUGCGGUCUGAGAAUCCGCUGUUCUUUGAGUUGCGAGUGAGAUAUCUCAUAGCCUGCGAGCGCAUUCCAGAAGCCAUGGCCCUAAUCACGACCUGCUUAAGUCACGCGGAAGUCAGUAAAAACCUCUAUUACCACCAAGCCUACUUUACGUGUCUGCAUAUGGCGCAGCUAACGGACAAGCUUCUCCACGAGCAUGUCCGGAGGAUAGACUGUAGUGACGGCGUACAAAUUAUAUGUGACACUGAAAAAGAAGGUAAAACUAAGCUGGCGUAUCAACUAAGCGAGGCUUUCCUUGUCGCCCAGUUGCAGUCCGGCGAGAUGUACUGUAUCUGGGAUCUCAUUUUUGUCUGGAGUAAACUUCAGCUGAAAAUAAACCCUUUAAACCAAGUAUUUGUUGAGCAGUGUUACCAAAUGUUAAGGAUUGCCACCAAUGUCAAGGUCAUAUUUCCCUUCAUGAAAGCAAUCACAGAAGAAAUUGGAGAAACUGGCGUCCAGCUGUCUGUUGAACUGUGUGGCUGCGCGUUGCAGCUGGAUCUUAACAACGAUCCCGAAACCAAAUCUUUAAUUUAUAAAACCAUUGCUUACCUUCUGCCCACGGACCUGGAGAUCUGCAGAAUCUGCGCAUUGUCCGUUUUCUUCUUGGAGAGGACAGCGGAGUCUUACGUUGCUGUUGAGCGUUUAUACAAAUGUUCAGACGAGGAUUACAAUGAGUUCACAAGCAGUGUUGAGAAUCGCGUGCGGUUUGAAUUGCUUCCGAUCCUGAAAAGGGGGCUACUGUUCGAUCCGGAAUUCUGGAAUUUCUCAAUGAUCCAGGAAAACUGCGCAAGCUUGCUCGGCGAAAAGGCCGCCAUUGUUCUGUCUGAUUCUAGUAAACUGGAUGAUGUGGCCCAGGAAAAUUUGCCCGAGGAGGUUUCUGUUACAAACUUGAGCAAUGGAACACCAGAGCACAAUAAUUCAACUAACAUUGCAUCGGAAGCACCUGCAGACUCUAAGAGGAACCAUGCAGUGCUCAAUCCAGCUACAAACCAUAACGUUCCAAGACAUCAUUGUACCCUGUGUAAUAAGGAAGUUCUUGGUGGCCAUAUUUUCCGGCACGCGCAGGCUCAUCAGAAGAAAGGCUGCUUUUCAUGUGUUAUAUGUGCCAGGAAGUUCAGAAAUCGGGUGAUCAUGCUUAAACAUUUAAAGAAUCACAUAAAGAAAAUACAGAGACAACCGAUUGCUAACAUCGAUGGCACGGCUGCUUCAGAUAACCCCUCGCAUGUAUCGUCAGAUACUACUGAAGUCACUUCCUUAGACACAACAUCGUUGGGUUUAGAAAAUGGUGAUUCUGGUAAUUCUGUCAGCAAAGAAUUGGCCGAUGUUCCGAUAGCCAACUCCACAUCUCAGGAUGAUGUUCCUGAGCCUGAGAUCCCGAUGGAAAAUCACAUAACAAACUUGAGUAACCAUGUAACAAGUAUAGAUCAUUCUGAAGAGGAUGUUACACUAGGUGAAGUUCAACAAGUUGAGGAUGGCUUGAAUAAAGACCCAUCUGACUGUGUAAAACUGAACGGAUCUUUAUGUCCUUCCAAUAAAGGCCAUAUUGUAAACCGUGAAGAUGGCUACACGUGCCCUGCUGAAGGAUGCCAUCGUGUUUUCCAAAAACCAAGGGCCCUUAAUAAGCAUGCGAGGAAAGCCCACCCGGCCGACCUGAACGUACAGCAGUAUUUAAUGAAGUGGAAUAAGGGCAAGUGUCGAUUCUGUCAAAGAAAGUUUAUCAAUUCUAAGCAUUUCGUUGAUCACCUAAAGAGACACGUUUAUCCCAACGUCUACUUCUGCCAGCAUUUAAACUGCAAUAAGUCGUUCAAGCUGGCCACUCAGCUGACGGAGCACGUGGCGAGCCACAAGUGUUUAACUGCUCAGUGCGGCUUUAUUAACUGCACUCAAGUGUUUGAUAAUCUCUCCAGUCUUUACGAGCACGAAGCACAGCACUAUGUAGACUCCAUUUUACUAGAGACUGCGACGGAAUUGCAACCGACACGGAGUGAAGCUCCAGGCAACGCUCAGGACUCGGUAAACACACACAGCGGCUCAGCUUUGGCCGGUGGUAAAAAAGUACAGUCGGUAAAUGACAAUGAAAUUGUAGACUUGCUGGUGCCUGGCUGGAAGUCGAGAAAGGAUAUACCUAAACCAAAGACCUACACGCAGUUGGAGAAAAAUGUAAACGAAGGCGUUGGGAACGGCGAUGAGGACCCUCAAGAGAUCCCUGAACCAAAAGAUAUCCAGGCUCCCGUUCAGGAAUCGCACCCUGAAGAGGUUACUGUUGUAGAAAAGGUUUUUAAUGGACACGCUGAGUGUGAUCAAACCGUAACGCAGGUAGUUUCUGGGGAUUCUACACAAAAUAGCCCAGUUUUAAAUAACCUUUCCAGUUCUGCACCAGAGGUCCCUCAAAAAGUAAGCACUGCUGAUGACGUAGAGAGCGUCCCCAAGCCAAACUCUAACCCCGGUACGACCUCUUAUGGGCUGAAUAUGAUUAAACCAUUCUUCAGGCCUCUGCCUCCAAGUUAUCUGGAUGAACGGCACAUAAGCAUGCCAAAACGCAGGAAAAUCGAGGAGGGGGACACCGCCGAAAAAGAUACUGCUUGCAAAGCAUCUGUGGAACGAUUCAGAUGUGGGAAGUGCCUAACAAGUUACUGCAGCUCGGAAGCACUCGAGGAGCACCUCGCACAAAAGAAAUGUCAACUAUAUUUUGGGUUUGAUUCAGAUGAUGAAAGUGCCUGGUGAAAGCUUUUAGAAGAAGCGUAAUCGUCACAUUUCUGGUUCAAAAUUGGCCUUAAGAGGAUAAAACUUGUCAGAUUCACAUGUUCUUCAAUGCGUGCUAGGCGUGUGUGUUUCGAUUCCAGGAAAACAUGUUUUACCACCGAGUCCAAAAAAAAAAACCCAAAUGUGAAAAUGUACAAUGCCUUGAAGAUUGAAUUCAAAUAAAGGACUUUUCUAUAG